AAACUAAUGCCGAUGCGAUGUUGUGAACGAUUGACUUCAAAACAUGAAAUAGUGAGCCCUACUACUGUUACUUGUAGCGUUAGUUACGUGUUAAAAACCGAUAUCUUGAAAAGUUGCUUGGUAAACCUUGGCCACAGAACACGGUAAAGCACACGUUCGCUGUCGUUUCACCAACCGAGAUGCCCAACGAAGACUUUGGCACCAAGUUCAGCGAGCUAACGGCAUUGCUGGACCGGGUAAAAAAAACAAAAACUAAAACGGACGUGUUCCGUCGAUUUUUCGCUUCAUUCGAGCAAGCUUUACGUACGAAUACGUCAGACGGCACCGCCAAACGCAGCGUCUAUCCCAUUUUAAGGUUGCUAGUUCCUGGGUGCGAUCGUAAACGAAAAGCGUAUGGCUUUCGCCACACGCUGCUGGCCCAUGGAUACAUUCGGGCACUCGGAUUGAGCCGCCAGAGUGACGAGGCGCGCCAACUCUUGUCCAAUGAAACGGCCGGCGAUCUAGCCGAUCGAAUCGCGCACCUGGUACAUGGACGAUGCCCCGCCCAAGGUUCUCUAACCGUGAGCGAUGUGAACAAUUAUCUGGAUACUCUCAACAACGAUGAACGGUCACCCGACGUAAGUCGCCAGACGCAAGUCGAGCAGGUGCUGGCGGAACUGCUGAAGCGUGGAUCGUCGGCAGACCACCGUUGGCUCGUGCGCAUUCUCCUCAAAGAUCUUCGUCUCGGUGUCGGUAACCGACGCGUCCUACAACUGUACCACGGGCAAGCUCCACAGCUUUACGAUGCGCUCAGCGAUCUGGAGCAACUGGUACAUAUAAUUGAGUCGAAUGUGUCUGCGACCGAGAGCAUCACAAGCUAUGUUCAGCCGAUGCAUCACGUGCGCCCGAUGCUCUGCCAGCGGAUCGAUCUUCGGCUCGUUGGCGGCCUACUGCAGCGUGCCACGUACUGGGCUGAAACAAAGAUGGAUGGUGAGCGGUUUCAGCUGCACAAGAUCGGUCCUAGCUUCCGCUACCUAUCGCGCAACGGCAUCGAUUAUUCGGAACGAUUCGGCGCUACAGCGGAGCAACUCGAUGGCACUCUCACGCCGCUGAUCGCACAACUGCUCGCACCCACCGUCGACAGUGUGAUUUUGGACGGGGAGAUGAUGGUAUACGACCGGCGCGAACUGCGUUACCGAGAUAAGUGCGAAAAUACGGAUGUCAAAUCGUUGCGUCCCGGGUCAAUCGAAUUUCGGCCAUGUUUCUGCGUGUACGAUGUACUGCACCACAAUGGGCGCAACAUUGCUGAUCUGCCAUAUGCGGAACGGGCCUGCCUGCUGGGUGCACUGAUUGUCCGCGAGCAGGCCGGGUUUCUAGUGCGUUGCCACCGCGAACGGGUUCGCGACGCAACGCACCUGGUAGAGUUACUGAACGGUGCAAUUGAUGCGUGUCACGAGGGUAUCGUGUUGAAGCGGGAAGACGCACCGUAUCGGCCGAACCACCGGAACAACAGUGGCUGGUUCAAGCUGAAACCGGACUACGUCGAUGGACUGGUGGUGGACUUCGAUCUGCUGAUUGUCGGCGGGUUCUACGGGCAGCGCCAGACGUAUGUGAACUCUUUCCUCGUAGGCGUGCUGGACGAUCGUCGAUCGCCAGAACGGGUCACUAGAGGGCCCGGUUUCCGUUUUCUUUCGGUCGCCAAAGUAUCGAUGGGUCUCGCGGUAGCACAAUGGAAUGAGCUGAAUCGCACAUUGUCUCCACACUGGCGGAAAAUGGAGGGAGGCGGUGCAAUCGAGCCCGACGGUGCGAGCGACAGUGUCCAAUGUGGGCAAACGGUACCGGACGUUUGGAUCGAUCCAAACGUCUCCGUUGUGCUGCAACUACGUGGUUCCGAGCUGGUUCGUAGUGGGUCAUACGCGGCCGGCUACACACUGCGAUUUCCGCGGAUCGUCUCUAUUCGUACCGAUCGACGAUACGACGAUGUGUGCACAAUAAGCGAGGUGGAAGCUUUGGUCCGCGACGGCGGUAUCGUCUCCGGCCAGUCGACUAGUCGGCCAACUGGCCCCCUUGAUCCUGCACGACAGGCUACGAAACUCGCCAAGCGCCAUGUGACCGUAGCGGAUCUUUGGGACGCUCACGUGCAGGAUCAGCCAGCGCCAGCCGGCAAACGUCGCAAGAAACCGGUUGGUUCCUUCGCUCAGGGGCCGCCUAUGGCACCACCAAAAACUCUCCUCGACAGGGUGUGCGAAGGUAGAGAAUAUUGCGUUAUGAGCACAGCUGCUGGGCUACCCGAGCUCGCAGAGCUAGAGCGGAUGAUUCAACAACACGGGGGCAGGGCUGUAGCUAAUCCCGGAACUAAAACCUGCGCUAUCAUUGCCGGUGACCGCACGUACAAAGUACAACUGUAUAUCAAAGCAGCGCGGUGGGAUGUAGUAAGUGUGAAGUGGAUGCUGCGUGCGAUCGGUGAUGAAGCAGCAAGGCACGGGCCGCUGGAACCAUUUCAACCUGCCGAUAUGUUGGCGACCACCGAGAAGACCCGUCUCCAGCUCGCACUGUUGUACGAUCGCUACGGAGAUUCUUACGACCGUCCCGUAACACCAACAUACUUUAAGCGUUUCCUGAAACAGCUCGGUUCGAGAGUCGUCCCCUCAUGCCCUCUGCCGAUACUAACCGAACGUGAAAUAGCACGUGCUGAACGCUCUCUGAUGGGUGCGACCAGAUUCAGCUCAAGACGCCCUUUCCGAGGCUGCUCCGCACAGUUCUUUUGCUCACCGUGCGAAGUACACGAAAAUGGAGAAGAGGAUAAAAAUAUCGCAGCGCUGAAUCGUUACAGAGCGGAACGGGAAAUGUUGCGUUACGUCCGACACGGUGGACGCUGGCUACGGGAUGCAAACACCGGUUCAGUUUCACAUAUGUUCGUAGUAGGGGACUCCAAUCCUCUCUCUACAGGCACGCUGGGCGCUGGCGAGGCCGAACGGCCAUCGGUAACGAUUUUGCCAAUCGAAUGGAUUAAAGCAUCUCUCGAGACAAACCAACGAUCCGAAAGCUUUGGUACGAUGAUGUAAUAACCGGCCACACAAACGUAAACCGUAACGAAUAAAGCGUAUGCCAAACCACUCCA